CGGAUUAACGCAGCGACUGUAGGUUAACAGGCUGCUGUCUCUCUCCGCCCUACACGGAACCGUCGUGUUACUUUCUGCUGUAGCAACACUGUUUUUCAAAACUCCCAACACUUAUUUGUCAUCCAUGUGCUCUCGAACCGGAUAACUGUACACCUCAGCGUGGUUUCGUUUUGACUGACAGGCGAAAGCAACUUGGUGGGACGUUCACGGCUCCAAUACGCACAACAUCCACAACUCUCCAAAGAUGACCGACGGUUCAAGGCAAACUAAACGCGCAACACGUUCAGCUACUGUAUAUGAUACAGCAGAUUUACAACCGGAGUUUGUGUGAUUUAGGGUCUCGCAGACGACUUUUUCUUUUUUUGGUUUUGUUUUGUUUUCGGCACGAUAGUUGGAUUGUUGUCGCUCAGAGACAGCCAGUCCCAUGCCCGCGCCCCGUGCGCCAGGCUGCACUCCACCCCGCGGACGGUGCCCAAGGCUCGGGGUUAGAUGGUGCUGAUCACGGACGACAGGGAUGGAGGAGGCGCGUCGGUCCGCAUCAAACAGCUCCAGCAGAGGCAAAAAGUCAGUGGAUGCAUCGGGCAAGUUCACCCGACCAUAACCGAGGAGCCGCUGUCCAACUCUGAGGACGAGGACUACCUGGGGUCGUGCGAGGAGGACGAUGAAGAGGACGAUGGAGGCGAGGACGACAGCGACGAAUUCGAGGAAGUUGACUUUGAGGACUUGGAAGAUUGUCGGAGCAUCGCGUCGGACGAUUCCUUCUAUCCGCCGGAUGAUGUGUUCGCGGACUCGGAGCGCACUCCGUCCCCGGAGAGCCCGGAGCCGCUGUCUUUUUUCCAGGCGUGCUGCACCAACAACGCGGCCAUCGUGCGGAUAAUGAUACGACACGGUGUCAAGGAGGACGAGGUGAAGGAGGCUGACAGGAAUAACAGGACAGGGCUGUUGGUCGCAUGUUACCAGGGCUUUGUGGACGUCGUCAUAGCGCUGUCACAGUGUCCAUAUCUGGAUGUCAACUGGCAGGACAGUGAGGGAAACACAGCUCUCAUCACUGCUGCACAAGCAGGUCACAUAACAAUCACCAACUACCUGUUGAACUACUACUCUGGGUUGGACAUCGAGAGAAGAAACUGUCACGGCUUCACUGCUCUGAUGAAAGCUGCCAUGCAGGGCAGGAUGGAAUGUGUGCGCUCGAUCAUGAUGGCAGGAGCUGCUCUGGAUGCGAGGGACUUCGGCCGCCACCUGACCGCCAGGGAGUGGGCCUUGUUUACGAGCCGGUAUGAGACUGCAUGGGUGAUGACGCGCCUGAUGGAACGCCCCAGUCCCCCUCAGUACAAUGAAACAUACAGUCUAGAGUGGCCCCCACUGGCAUCACUGGUGGCCAAAGCCCAGGAGCCCCGUGGCUGUCUAAAGCGCCUGUCAGACACCGUGCGGAACGUCUUCAGCAUCGCAAAUGUCACCAACCCUGAGGAUGAAGGCGUUAUCGACCACAUGGUUGCUAUUACAACGGCCAUGAGGAGCCCUUUCAUUGCUGUGGCAUGCCACACGGUGUGUCCUGACAGUCCUCCAAGUGUGGGCAAACGGCGCUAUGCAGUCCCUGAGAUCAUCCGCCAUCAGCGCGCCAAGGAGCUCCGCUCCAUCAACCCUGACAGGGUGGACAGUCACCUUAAACUCUUCCAGAACUCUCGGGUCACACUAGUGGCCAAGACCUCAGCAGACCGCCGAGCCAGUCUUCAGACCCAGAACCUGGUGCCUCGACACAGGAGCCCCAGCCUGGGUGUGGUGGCUUAUAACGAAGCCCUGGAGCUGCGAAGAACCAGCCUAUUGCCUAUGCACAUGGUGCUGAGGAGGAGCAGCGUCAGACCGGGCUUCAGCAUCCCCAAGGUGAGAGUGUCCAAAGCCCCCACACCGACUUAUGAACCGGAAAAGAUUCGGAGGAAGAGCAGCGCCAAAGAUGGAGGGGGGAACCUGCUGCAGAUCCCCAAGUGGCGGUACAAGGAGCUAAAAGAAGAAAGGAGGAAAGCAGAGGAAGCCGAGAGGAGGAGGCUGGAGGCUGUCACCAAGAGACACAUUGCUGCCGGGAAAAGGAAAUAAUAUCAUUACCUCAGAGGAUGUCUCGUACACUAACCCCCCCCAAAAGACAAAAGCUAGACAGGCUAUGAAGUCAGACAGAUUUGGCUUUAAUGUUUUUAAGCAAUAUACAGUAUGAGCUCAGGGUGGUCUUAGAACGACCAACAGUGUUUUUAAAUGAGGACUGAGGGUUGCUUUUGUUUGCUCAGUUUUGCGACGGGGGGGAUGCUGACUGAAAAAUGGCUGCCACUAUGUUGACAGCAUUACAAGUGCACAACGCUUAGUGUCCUUUAUGAUGUCAAACAGCGAAUACCCAGGGGAUUUGAUACUUGAAAUGUUUCUAGCUAAUUUAUUUUUAAUAUUUAUUGCUUUUUAUUGGAUGGCCAGGUGUAUAUUUUGUUAUGCUUCGGGUGCUAACGCUGCAGUGUACUGGUGCAGAAGACAUGGUUGGGAACAGAAACAUGCCCAUCUUUCCGCUUUAAAAAAGUGGAAGCAAAUUCAUAAAACUCUUCUGGAAUAAUGUUUUCAAAAUAUUCAGUGAAGAACACGCAUCAGCGUGUCAUAUUGUAUGAGAAAGCUAAAGAUAAGCUGUGUAUAGAAUCUAAUGGCAUUUGCCGGCAACUAUUUUUUUUAGAUGCUUUAUGUUUUGCUUUAAAUUGAGAAAUCCUGAAUGUAUUUUGCAUAUGUGUUUUAUAUUAGAGAUUUUAAUGCUUUUUGAUGACAAACUUCAUUUUUAAGAAAAAAAAUCAUUACGGACAUUUUUCACAUAAGCAACUGUUUUCAAGUCUUAAAUGUUUGAGACCAAGACUGAAAUGUAGAGUAACACUUACAUCUUGCCAGGUAGGAAGAAAGUUCAAAUUACCUCCCAAAUGUUUACAUUGCAAAACCAUAUUAACACUGGUUAUAUUAGCGAUGAACCAUCAUGUACCGACCGAGACGUGUGAGUUUGGUGUAUACAGGUUAUGGAUGACGCAAACUAAAUAAACACUUCUGCUAACAGUGA